AUGCUACAAGAUGAGAUCGAGGAACAAAAGCAGGAAUUAAUGAACGAAUCAUUAUUACUGAAAGAACGAUUCGAUGACGAUCUGAAAUCAGAACAUGAAAAGAACAAAAUCAAGUACGAAGAGAAUUUGAAUCUAAUUAACUCCCAAAAGUCAAAACUCGAAGAAGAAAAAGACAAAUUGGAGAAAGAUUUAGAAAAAUUGAAAGAAGAAAAUCAAAAGCAAAUUGAUGAUUUGCAAAACAAAAUAUCGAAAGUCGAAAAUGAAAAGAAGUCUAAUCUAAAAGAAAUCGAGGAUCUCAUGAAACAGAUCAAAGAUUUAGACCAGCAAAAAAUAGAUUUGAGCAAAAAGUUCAAUGAAAAUCAACUCAAAAACGAAGAAAAUAUUCAAAAGUUAAACGAUCAAAUCGAAAAUCUUCAAAAAGAAAAAGAAAAUUUGAUAAACGAGCACAAGAACGAGCUAAAUAACUUGUCAAUAAGUCUUCAAGACCAAAUGGAAAGCAAUAUGUCUGAUUUAGAGAAAAAACUGAUCCAGGCAAACAAAAACCAUCAAAACGAAAUGCAUCAGAAACAAAUGGAGAUAUUGGAUUUGCAAAAUUUAGUUGAUAAACAAAAAGGCGAAAUUUCUAAUUUACAAAAGCGGAUCCAAAAGCUGGAUUCCAAUAAUUCAGAUAAUUCUGACAUGAUUGAUAAAUUGAAAUCUCAGAUUUUGGAACUUGAAAACACAAAUAAUCAAAUCGAAAUUGAUUUAGAAAAUGCGAAGAGCAACAAUGAUAAAUUGAAUGUAAAAAUUUCCUUGUUGGAAGAAAAUUAUAAUAAGGAAAACGAAUUGAAUAAGAAUAAGAUUGAAAAUCUUCAGAAACAAAUUAAAGAACUCCAAGAUCAAAAAGCUGAAAUUGAAGAAAAUCUAGAGAACCAAAUUUUGCUUCUGAAAAAGAAAAUCAAUGAGUUAGAAGCUGAAUUAAUGAAGAACAAAAUUGAUUUAGACAAGAACCAAAGACAAUUCGAUAAUGAAUUAGGUAAAUCUCAUUCAGAAAUACAGAAAAUGAACCAAAAACUUGAUGAAAAUCAAAAGAAAUAUCAAAAUGAAAUCCAAAAAUUAAAUGAAUUGAAUGAUUCACUCAAAAAUGAAGUCAAAAAAUAUCAAAAUGAACUUCAAGAAAACAAGAAGAAGUAUGUCCAAGACAUGGAAAAUGAAAUGCAAGAGCAUCAGAAAGAUAUCAUUUCCCUAAAUCAGAGUAUCGAGGAAAUACAAAAAGCCAAAGAAAAUUCAGAUGCCGAAAAACAUAAUUUAGAGAAUUUGGUAAAUGACAAAGAAGAAAUAAUCCAAAACAUGAACUCCACAAUCAAAAAAUAUCAAGGUCAAAUCGAUGACUUAUCUGAGAAAAUUAAAAUAUUGGAAGAAAACAAUAAAUAUCAAGAAAAGGAUCUUGAAAAAAUCAAACUCCAAAAUAAAAUUGAUCUCCUUGAAAAUCAGAAACAGGAAAUUCAAAAUAACCUAUCACAAACAAAAUCUGAAAUUUCGGAAUUAAAAGACAACAAUCAAAAAUUAUUAACAAAUUCCCAAAAAAUGACGGACGACAACCAAUAUUUGAUGAAGGAGAACGAAAAAUUGGCAAGUGAAAAACAAAAAUUGACAGAAGAAUGUCAAAAAUUAAAGGAAAAUCUUACUAAAUUACAAAUUCAAUUGGAUAAAAUUAAAGAAGAUAAUGAUAAUCUCGAAAAUGAUAAUAACAAACUGCAAAACAAAUUAAAUGAAAUGCAAAACCAAAUUUCUGAUCUAACUUCAACAAUUUCGAAACUUGAAUCAGAUUUGAAAGAGAAAGAUCUUAUUUCAAAUGAAAAUAAAGAAAAGGAUGAACUCAUUGAUAUGUUAAAACGCGAAAAAGAAAAUCAACUCCAGAAACAGAAAGAGUUUUUCCAAAGCGAAAUUGAAAAUCUCCAGAAAUCCAAAGAUAAAGAAAUCAAAGAAAUCGAAGAAGUUAAAUCGAAGGAAAACGAGAGGCAAAAAAUCAAUUUCGAUGAAACUAUUUCUAACUUCCAGAACCAAAUUGCUGAACUUCAGAACGAGAAGCAGAAAAUGAUGGAAAAUCUCAAUCAAAAUCAAGCCAAAAAUUUACAAACUGCCCAAUUAAAACUAGAUAUACAGAAGUUGGAAGGAAAAAUUUUCACAUUAAACGAUGAGAAAGCAAAAAUAGAAAAACAAAACUCAGAGAGAGAAAAGAGAUUUAUCGAUGAAUACGAAGCUCAGAAAAGGAAAUUUGACAACGAUUUGCAUCAUUUGUAUCUCCAAAAGGAAGAAGAAAUCGCUUCUGCAAAAAGAGAUCUCAAUAACCAAAUUUUGGACCUGAAGAAAGAAUAUUUGAAUGACUUGGCCGAAGAGAGAAAAGAUCACCAGCAAAAGAUAUUCGAGCACAAAGAUGAAAAGCAAAAAAUUGAAGAUUUGAAUGAAAAACAAAAAUCCGAAAUUUUGUCUUUGCAAAAGCAAAUUGAAGAUUUGCAAAGUCAGAUCGACAAAUUACAGAAAGAGAAAGAAAUUUUGGAAAAGGAAAAUACAAAACACCUUGUGGAUAACGAGAAUCUUAAGCAAGAAAUUCUCCAAAAUUCUCAAAAGUUUGCAAAUGAUUUGCAGAACAUAUCAAACGAUUACUCAAAGAAAUUCGAAGAAGAAUUUAAUGACAUUAAAAAUCGAAACAAAAAUGAAAUCCAAAAACUUCAAAAUCAAAUUUCUCUGUUGGAAAAUGAGAAACAAAAACUCCAAAAUGAUUUGAAUAUUUUGGAAAAAGAAAGUGAUUCACAAAUAAAAUCAUUACAAACUGAAAGCAAAAGCCAAAUUUCUGCAUUAAAUAAUAAGUUGAAUGACUUACAAAUAAAUAGAGAUGGAUUACAAGCUGAUAACUCCAAUCUCAAGAACAAGCUUUCUGAUUUGGAAAAUGUUAAGAGCAGUUUAGAGAGUGAUAAAAGUGAAUUAGAAAAUAAAAACAAAAACCUAAGAGAUUUCUUGAAUAAUUUGAAUGCGAGCAAUACUGAUUUGCAAAGUAAGAUCACCAAUUUAGAGAAAGUUAAAAACGAUCUUGAAAACAAAAUGUCAAAAUUGAAAAAUGACAAUGAAAAAUUAAUUCAAAAAUUAGCGCAAAAUCAAGAAAAUCAUGAACAAGUAGUAGAAAGACAAAAGAAAGAAAUUGAUUCUCUGUCAGAAAAACAGAUAAGUUUAGUUGAAGAUAACAAAAACCAAAGCAAAAAUAUUCAAAAUCUUCUUGAAAAAUUAUCUCAAAUAGAAAAUCAAAAUCAACAACUUCAGAAAGAUUUGAAUGAUUUACAAAAUGAUAACAUUAGUCUAAAGCAAAAACUCUCAGAAGAGAAUGACAAAAGCAAAUCUAUUUUGGAAGAAAAUUCGUCUUUAAAGAAUGAAAUUCAAGAAAUUGGAAAGCAAAAUACAGAAUUUCAAAUUCAAAUUUCCAAACAAAAAUCGGAUUUACAAAAUCAAAAGAAUGACAUCGACAAAUUAAUGUUAGAAUUAGAACAUUUACGAACAGAGAACAAAGAUAUCUCCAGCCAUAUGAAUGAAGAAAAAUUGAAGGAGAUUGAAGAUAAGUCGAAAGAACUAAAUGAGAUUUUUGAGAAGCAAAAGAAAGAAUUGGAGAAAAAUUUUGCAAAACAAGUUGAAAUUGAAAAACUGAAGAGUGAUAAUUUAUCCAAAGAUUUUUCAAUUUCUCAAGGAAAUUUGGAGAAAGAAAUCGGACAUUUAAAGAACGUUAUCAUGAGUGAAAAUAAGAGACAUCAAGCAGAACUCCAAAACAAUAAAAAGAACUUUAUUGAGCUUCAAAACCAAAAUCAGAAAUUAAUUUCAGAAAUAUCAUCUUUGAAAGAUGAAAAAUUCAAAAUACAAGAACAAAAAGAUGAUCAAAUUUCUGGUUUACAUAAGAAAUUAAAUACCCUCCAAAACGAACUGGAAAAUAAAAGUAAUUUGCUGAACGAAGAAAAAGAAACAAUUCAGAAAUUGAAAGAAAUAAUUUCAAGUCUCCAGAAAGAAAAUGAGGAUUUGAAAUUACAGAAACCAAUUUUUGAUGAACAGGUUAUGCAUUCAAAUGAAUUACUUGAAAAACAAAAGGAAAAUCACGAAUCUGAGAUUGGAGGCUUGUUAGAAAAAAUCAAUAAUUUGGAAAAUGAAAAGCAGAAAUUGGAGAAAGAGUUAUAUAAAAUGGAAGAUGAACUCGACGAAACAGUACAGUAUAAGAAGAGACUUGAAGAAGAUAUUUCAAAUCAAAUGAAAAAGCACAAACAAGAGAUAGAUAACCAGAUGAAAAAGAACGAUUUGGAAAUCGAAAACUUGCUUAAAAAACAAAAAGAAAUUGAACUAGAAAGGCAGGAAAUCGAAAACAAACUGAUAGCCCAAAAGGAGAAAUACGUGAGUGAAUUGUCGAAUCUGAAAUUUGAUCUUCAAAACGAAAAGAGCAACAGCUUGAAUUUGGAAAAAAUCAAAAGACAAAAUCAAAUCGAAAUCAAAUCACUACAAGAUAAAUUAAAUGAUUUACAAAGAAUGCUAAAUAAUAUUCAAAAAGAAUUGAAAGAGAAAGAGGAUUCUCACCAAAAUGAGCUGGAAAAAAUAAGAGAAAGACACAGAAAUGAGUUAACAAAUUUACAGAAGCAACUAACUGAACACGAAAUUCAAAACUUGAAGCUCCAAAAUGAUAUGGAGAAACUGAAGCGAAAAUUGAGCGAAAAUGGAGAAAAGAAGUUAGAUACUCAGUCAAAAUUUGAUGAUUUGAGUUCAGAAUUGGAGAAACUCAGAUAUGAAUUAGAAGAAAAGCAAAAUGAAGUUAGAAAAAGAGAUUUGGAGAUUGACGAAUUGAACCAUAGAAAUGAAGAACUUCAAACAAACAGAGAAGAAAUAACUCACCGAAGCCAAAGAGUAAAGCCGGAGUUCUAUGAUGAUCUUAACCGUCGCAUGCAAAUAAUAUCUGCGCCGAGCAAAAAGAAACGCGUUCCGAAACCUCUUCAGUUCAUUUUGCUCUCGAUUUGUUCUAUUAUAGCUUUUAUUUAUUUCGAAUUAAGGGUUUCGUUUUGCUAA